AUGCCCGACAUACCCACGGGAGCACAAGUAUUCGACGUCUGUUUCCAUCCGACGGAGUCGCUUGUCUAUACUGGUCUUUUGUCUGGUGGCAUCAAGGCUUUCAGCUACGACGAGCAAGGGCAACAUGAACGAAAAUUCUCAAUUCGUCCGUCUAAGCGGUCGUGCAGAGGUCUUGCAACGAACGAAGAUGGAUCUCAUAUCUAUGCCGUAGGAAAGGGUAAAGCUAUGCAUACUAUAGAUGCCUCCACAGGAGUAAUCAUGGACACACGGACUGCCAUUCACCAAGCUCCAAUAAACAGGGUAAAACGCCUCAUGCCCUACAUGUUAUGUACGGGCGACGAUGAUGGUGUCGUAAAGCUUUGGGAUCCCCGGAAAUCCGAGGAAGUUAGGUCGUACGACCACCACUUCGACUUCAUCUCCGACUUUAUGUGGAUCGGGGACAAGAAGCAGCUUGUCGUGACGAGUGGAGACGGCACGCUUUCCGUUAUAGACGUUCGUUCGAAGAAGCCAGGUCCACUCGCUCAGUCGGACGACCAAGAAGACGAGUUAUUGUCUAUCGUGCCGAUCCGAGGUGGAGAAAAAACAGUUGUCGGUACCCAACAGGGUAUUUUAUCCAUUUUUAAUCGAUCGAGUGGAUGGGGUGAUUGUGUUGAUCGUGUUCCAGGGCACCCGCAUUCAAUCGAUGCUCUCUGUACAAUCCCUUCGUCCUACCCCUCCUCGCACUCAACAAUCCUAACAGGCUCAUCAGACGGCCUCCUACGCGCUGUACAACUCUUUCCGACAAAGUUGCUUGGCGUUAUAGGGGACCAUGGAGAGUUUCCGAUUGAGAGGAUUGCAAUAGAUAAAAAUGGGGAAGGCAGGUGGGUAGGGAGCGUGGGACAUGAUGAAGUAGUAAGGAUGACAGAUCUGAGAGAGGUGUUCGAGGACGGAAAUGGAGACGAAGAAGAGGAAGAUGAGAAGGGGGAUGAGGCUUCAUCGGAUGGUGGAGGACGGGAUGAUUCGGACUUCUCUACCCAACAUGCCAAGGUAAAGACCGAAGAGGCAGACUCCGAUUCCAACAACGAAUCGAACACAGGAGUGGAUGCGGAUUCAGACGAAGAAUCGAGAAAGAAGAAACGGCGGAGGAAAGCAAAAGUCCAGGACCCGAUGGAAAAGGAAAGGAAGAAGAAACGGAGAGCGAGGAAUGACGAGGUUCAGGCGGACGCUUCUUUCUUCGCCGAUCUUUAA